UAAAAAAUAUUCCAAACACCCUGAAUAAUUCUCACUUUCCCUCUUCUCCUUGUUCAGCAAGCUUUUUCAAUACCCAAAACACAAAAAAUAAGAGGGAGACCAAGGGCAGAGAGAGAGAGAGAGAGAUGGAGAAAAAUGAGACCUUGUCAGGAGAUAAACCUCGUCCAUGGCAAUCUUACCACACAGUUUACACUAACGCUAAAGCAGGUAUGGAAGGAGUGGACAAAGAGAAAGUGCAAAGAAUAGUUUAUGAAAGCAGUAAAGGAUCAAAGUAUUUUGAGAACGAGGAAAAAAAGGAGGCUGUAUUGAGGCAAAAAAUUGAAAACAUGCGUGCCCAACGUGCCAAGCUUAGUGCUGCUGAUCUCUCUCAUUAUCAAACUGUGGCUGAUAGAAGAAUUUUAGAGCUAGAAGCCACGCGUGAUCUUUCGAGGAUUUGGUUACAUGUGGAUAUGGAUGCUUUCUAUGCCGCUGUUGAAACAUUGAGCAAUCCUUCAUUGAAAGGGAAACCGAUGGCUGUUGGUGGCAUGUCUAUGAUCUCGACCGCUAAUUAUGAGGCACGGAGGUUUGGAGUUCGUGCUGCAAUGCCUGGUUUCAUUGCACGUAAAUUAUGCCCGGAGUUAAUUUUUGUUCCUACAGAUUUCAAGAAGUAUACUCAUUACAGUGAAUUAACUAGAAAAGUUUUUGAGAAAUACGAUCCUAAUUUCAUGGCUGCUAGUUUGGAUGAAGCAUACCUGGAUAUAACCGAGGUCUGCAAAGAAAGGGGCAUGUCUUGUGGAGAAAUUGCCGAAGAACUUAGACAAUGCAUCAACGAGGAGACUGGCCUGACAUGUAGUGCUGGAGUGGCCCCAAACCGCUUACUUGCUAAGGUUUGCUCUGAUAUAAAUAAACCCAAUGGACAGUUUGUUUUAACAAAUGAUCGGAUGGCUGUCAUGACAUUUAUAUCCUCACUCCCCAUAAGGAAGAUUGGAGGCAUUGGUAAGGUUACUGAACAUAUACUGAGGGAUGCUUUUGGUAUUAGUACAUGUGAAGAGAUGCUCCAGAAGGGCGGGCUUCUCUGUGCACUGUUUUCUCAUUCCACAGCAGAUUUUUUUCUCUCUGUGGGUUUGGGGAUUGGGAGGACAGAUACCCCUCAAGUCAGGUCCCGAAAAAGUAUCAGCAGUGAGAGAACUUUUUCAGCCACGGAUGAUGAGACACUUCUUUAUCAGAAAUUAGCUGAUAUUGCAGAGAUGCUAUGCGCUGACAUGAAAAAAGGUGGUCUUUGUGGUCGAACAUUGACUCUAAAAUUGAAAACUGCAUCAUUUGAGGUUCGAAGCAGAGCUGUGACUUUGGAAAAAUAUAUUUGCUCAAGUGAAGACAUCUUGAAGUAUGCUUCAAAGCUGCUAAAGGCUGAACUUCCUAUUUCUUUAAGGUUGAUGGGCCUACGCUUGUCUCAUUUCAAUGAAGACAAGAUUGGUGCCCCAUCUGAUCCAACACAAAAAACUCUCAACAACUUCAUCGUGUCAGUAGAUUUAUCUAGGAAAAAUUUGGAUGAUCCAAAAUCCUUGGGAUUGGAUAUUAAUGAUCAACACUUAAUGAACAAUAUGGAAGGUUCCUUUUCUAUUGAGAGUCAUGAGUUACAACAUUACGGAAUCAGAGAUCCACUGGACAGCAAUAAUCUACAGGAUCUGAAUGUUCACCACUGCACUUCCACUGAUAAUGUUGAAGCUGAGAAAAUCCAUGAACCUUCAAGCAACAAAACUGCGGACAAGGUGAUUACCAAGGAUAUGGCAGGGGAAGUGUCACAGCAGAAGGAAUCAGGCUUGUCCUUACCUGGACAGCUUGAGGGGGGAAGCCCUGACAGAAUGAACCUGGUCAUCAUGGACAAUGAGGCAGUCUUUUCAUCUGAACAGAAAGAUGGGUUAGUUUGGGUGGAUGACUACAAGUGCUCGCUAUGUGGGAUUGAAAUGCCGCCAUAUUUUGAUGAAGAAAGACAAGAGCACUCCGACUUCCAUCUUGCAGAGAGGCUUCAAAAGGAUGAGUCCAGAAUAGACUCGAGAACUUCCACACUGAGGCAGAGGUCUGUCCAGAAGGACGACAUCUCAAGCCGAAGCAAACGUAAGAAGCGCAAACCAUCUCCGAAAGAAGGCGGGCAUCUUUCAAUUGACAUGUUCUUUGCUAAGAGCAAUCAGAAUUUCUAGCGUUUUAUUCUGCAUCCUCCCAGUAUAUGUAGUUGUAUCAUUCUUUAUAUUACAGAAAAACUAUAGUUGUACAAUCGUUUAUACCAACCUUAGCAAUUGCCGACGGCAAUUCCUUGUAAUUAUACAAUCUAGUAAAUUAUUAUUUGAUUCCAAUGCCUUAAUGAAAUAAUCAGUUCAGCUCAUUUGAUGUAA